GGCCAUUUGGUUCGGGUAUAUGUGACCAAGGACAGGACUCCAGGCUGCUGCUUUUGCAAGUCUCCCUGGAAUGCUUCCCACCCCGGCCUCUCCUUAGGCACCUGAAGUCCGCACUCUCUCCUUGCACCAAAGCCUCAGCUAUAAAUAGCAAGAAAAUUCGAGUGAAACGCUGUCUGCUAGAAGAGUGCCUUUCUUUUCACAAUCAAUGAUCCUCUGAAGAUGGCGUGGCCCUACUUACGGAUCUUGCUCCUUUGCCUACAAACCUGUCUGGAAGCAGCUGAAAGCAACACAAACAUGCUCACCGUGAAUGGGAUUCUGGGGGAAACAGUUACUUUCCCUUUAAAUAUUCAAAACAUACAGCAAAUUACCAACAUUAACUGGGUGAGUUCCAAAACAUCCGUUGCUGUUGUAGUGGCCCUCCCAGGCACACCCCCCCAAGUCAUUGUGACCCACCAAAACUAUAAACAACGAGUAAACGUCUCAAGUCAGAACUACAAUUUGGAGAUCAGCAAUCUGAGGAUGGAAGAUGCAGCAAUCUACAAAGCUGACAUAAAUAUAAAGAACUCUGAAAAGGAGACACUCACCAGGACCUACAAACUUCAAGUUUAUCGUAGGCUUGGGAAGCCGAAAAUUAUUCAGAGUAUAACGACAUCUUCGAACAGUACUUGUAAUGUCACACUGACAUGCUCCAUGGGGAAAGAAGAAAGCAAUGUGACAUACACUUGGAGUCCCAUGGGGACAGAGGGUAGCGUUCUCCAAGUCUUCCAGACUCCUAACAACCAAGAGCUGACUUACACCUGCACAGCCUGGAACCCCGUCAGCAACAAUUCUGACUCCAUCUCUGCCCAGCAGCUCUGUGCAGAUAGCCCCACGGGCCUCCAUAUUCACCGUGCUGGAUUGCUGAGUGGACUGACUGUGCUCUUUCUGGUUAUAGUCAUCCUACCUUCCGUGCUUUUGUUCCUUUUUUGCAAGAAAGGACGAGGUUCCCCCUUCAAGAUCUUCCAUAAGAAACCUGAUGCUGCCUCAAAGAACACAAUAUACACAUAUGUCAAUGCUCCAAGAGAUCCUCAGCCAGCAGAGCUCAGAAUCUACGAUGAAAUCUCCCUGCCCAAGGUGGACAAAACCAUCAGCACUCAGGACAGCAAACCUCCUAGGACUCCAAGCUAUGUAUCUGUGAUGUAGGCUGCCAGACAGCAUUCUCUCCAUGGAAACUAAACCAUAACCACAGAUAAUGGCAGAUGCCCUGGACCCAGGCUUUCUCUGCCCAGCUCUUACCUGAAGACUGCAAAUCGCCACAUCCCAAUAUGAAAACCAGGAAGCCCUCUGCUGCUGGACAUAGCUUGUGCUUAGAUAGACAGAUGGACAUGUGCCCUUUCUGAAAUGGGUGAAUUGCCUUCUGGAUGAAUAAGGCAAGUCCCUUGGCACAGUGCUCUCCAAUCUUCUUUACGUCGCAGCACAUGUAGAAAAUAUUUUUAUGGCACAAUGAAGUAAACAAUCAAGAUUGCUCAUGCCUGGAGGCUGCCUGUGGCUAGAGGCCUCUUACAGGUGAUGGGUCAUUACAGGUGAUGACCCUUCCCAGCAACUCCAAACAUAGAGAGGACCCGUAUUGUGCACAGCCGUAAUACGCCGUGGCCCGCCACCCAGGAUGCUCUGCUGACACUCAAUCUGUGGGAGAAGCCCUGGUUCAUGGCUUGGGAAAAUUAGGCAAAGGCCCCCUUUCUCCUUUAGGCAGAUGCAGCCCCUCAGAGUGUGAGCUGCAUGCAUUUCAGCCUCCACCUGCCCCCUUGACCCAGGAACCUUUGUUCAUGUACAACUGGCUGGACCAGUGCAACCGUACAUGACGGUACAACGUGAGAAGUCGUCAGAGUUGUGGCUCUCAGCAGUACAGACACGCUCCCCAAAUAUUGUGUUGGAAAAUGCACUUUCUGAGGGGUUCUAGUGUGUGGGGCCAUUUUUCUUCAGGCCCUACUUCAAAAGUUUCAUGAGACUUUCUUUCCAGCCAAGUUUUCCUUCUGUGUCACUCUGGGAUGGUUAACUUUAUGUGUCAACUUGGCGGGGCCAGGGGUGCACAGAUAUUUGGUUAAACUUUACUCAGAUGCAUCUGUGAGGGUGUUUCUGGGUGAGAUUAACAUUUGAUUUUGUAGACUAAGUAAUUAAUCCUGUUUUCCUGGGUGGGCAUCACUAAAUCCACUGAGAGCUUGAAUAGAACAAAAAGGUGAUGUAAGGGAGAAUUCUCUCUCUCUCUCUCUCUCUCUCUCUCUCUCUCUCUCUCUGUGUGUGUGUGUGUGUGUGUGUGUGUGUGUGUGUGUGUCUUCGAGCUGGGACAUUGGUCUUCUUCUGCAUUUAUACUUGCACUUGGACUGGUACUUACACCAUUAGCUCUCCUGGCUCUCAGGCCUUCAGACUCAGACUCAGACUCAGACUCAGACUCAGACUCAGACUCAGACUCAGACUCAGACUAGAACUAUAUACCAUCACCACUCCAGCUUGCCGGCUCCAGAACUUGGGCUUUCUCAAUCUCCAUAACUACACGAGCCGAUUCCUUACUAUAACUAGUUCUCAUCAUCUGCAGAACCAGGCAAACACAUCAUGCAAGCAGCCUCAACACCAAGAAGCCAUGCCCAGUACCCCAUUCUCCAAAAGAGAAUGACAAGUUUUAUCUCUGACACUUUAGGGGAACUAAGUGCAACCCAACCAUCAAAACAAGAGACUUGAAAGAAGCAAAGUCAUUCUCAAGCAGGAACUUGAGAGAUGAUGUUGCAGAUUAUGAAACUAGGCCCAACCCAGUGCCCAAGGCUUCACCCAGAGCGUCAGAGAGUUCGGCUCACGGUUAGGUGCUCCUCCCUCUCCCCUGCUACGUCUGAGCGGAACACUCUAGUGAGUAUUUGAAAAAUUGCUCCCCUUAUAAGCUAACAAAUAUAACCAGCUAAAUCCUAAAUGCCCACAAACAACCCCAGACUGAACAGCAACACUAAACUGCAUUUAGGCAGAACGAGGAUGUUAGUCCUAAUGAAUGGACCCAUAAAACCCCCUGGCCCCCACUAUCUUUAGCACUUUGUUGGGGCUGCAAGGCCCCCAAAGUAUGAGAUGAGUGUAAUGUCUGCCCUGGGCUAACUGAGAAACCAAUUCCAGCACAGACACUACAGCUAAAUGCUGAACUACAUACGACCUGGAGUGGCACCGGCUAGCACAGUCAGAAAAGACCUGAUGGGGGAGGCGGAGCUGAAACCGGGCCUUGAAGGAUGAAUAGCAUUUGGCAGAGGGUGAAGAAGACAGAGGGCAUCCACAUGAGGAAACCAUAAACAAACAAACAAAGCAGCCCUGGAUCUGCAUGAUGUAUGUUGGACACCUCCCCAGACACACCACGCAUGGUCACAGCCCCUUGCCUAUGUGUGGCACAGAGCCUCGGCGAGAAUGUGUGCUCCACCCCUUCUCCCUCUACACAUUGUGUAAUACCCAGUCCUCUAUGAUUUCCUGAUAUGAUUAGUGAACUUAAUUAUGGCUCUUUUUCUACCCUUUUCUUUCCCCCUGUUGGUCCUUCAGUCAUUAUAACUCAUUCCAUUCUGCCUCACAUAUGGACGAUUAUUUAUCUCCCUCUACAUUAUAUAUCACUCAAGGACAAGAUCCAUGACUUCAUGAUCAUGAAGAGGCACACGUAAGAGGUGAUAGUUGUAUUCACUUCUGCAUCUACCACCAGGCAACAGUGCCUUGUACCCUGCUUGUGAGCAAUAAAUACUGUUGAAGAGAAGGUACUUAUUGGAAGUGUUGAUAUAUAACAGCCAAUAAGCACAGUGGAAUCUAAUUAUGACAUAUAUUAAAUAUCAGGAUGCAAAUGGCAGAGGCUGUUUUGGAGGGAGAAGACUUUCAGAGUGAGGCCAACCAAGAGGGCAGCUGAAGCCAUGAACCAGGUGUGAGCAGGUGAAAGGCAGUCACUCUAGGGAGGGACAUGAAGGAGGAAAUAAAGAGAUUUGGUGAUAAAGGAUGGGAAAAUUUCAACAUGACACUGAACACCAUGUUUCUCCUAAAAUUAAACUACUUCUCAUCUUUACGUGAGUUGAGGGAUCCCUCUUGAAUAUCCUCAUUCUCUAAACUGCCCCUGCUUCUCCCUGGUGUGCUCACUCAUUCAAAUUCUUAAUGUCCUAAUGCCCCAGUGAAAAGUGAAGAAAGAGAUUGGGAAGGAGAGAGAGAGAGAAAGAGAGGGAAGGAGGGAGGGAGGGAAAAAUUCAGGCAAGCGUUUCUUAGGUCUUCCAGGAAAACAAACCUAAGGUGGAACCAGUGCACAGGAAUUCUGAAAGUGGCCUACUCUUUCUGUUCUGUGAAUAUUCUAAUUUAUUAGACUCUCCUUCUGUAAAAUGAGUGUGUAAUAUAUGCUAACAAAAGGAAACUUGACUUUGGGUGCUGAGUACAAUACAAUGUACAAAUGAUAUAUAAUAAAAUUUUACAAUUGAAAUCUAUAAUUUUAUUAACCAGUAAUAUCCCAAUAAAUUUAAUAAAAUUAAAACAAAUAAAUAAGGAAAUAAAUAAAAGAGUGUGAUUUUAUUUACCCCUUCACAGAUUAACUAAAUUGUGAUGGACAGGUCUAUAAAAUAAG